AUGAGUCAAGAUAAUAAUAAUCAACCGUUACCAAAUGAACUCGCCGAUCGGUUGGAUAUUUAUGAAAUGAUCUAUGAUUUUCAAAAGAAAAACCAAAAGGAUGUCAAACAAGAAUUAAAAGAGGCAAAAAAUACUGGAAAUCAACAAUUAAUUGAAGAAAAACAAAUUCAAUAUAAAAACGAAAUCGAAAAGAGUCGUAUUGCUGCUGAAGUGAUGAACGAUGGAGUGCAACAAGAUGAAGAAAAUGAAAAAACAACAGCUGAUCAUUUGUCUGAUAUUGGUAAAUUACUUGAAGGUGAUACAAUUAGUAAAAGUAUUUAUUGA